AUGAAUUCUCCCGGCUCAUUCAAGGACACCUACGGGCCUGACUAUCACCGACAAAUACACGACGAGGCCUUCUGGAAGAGGCUGACGGAGCCGAGCGUCGUAGUGUCUCUCUUUGCCCUUGUCGCGACAGCCGUCUAUUCGAUCUUUGGCGCUUCGGCUCUUCCAAAACCCCUCUUGUCCCGUGCCGGUCGGACCCUCUGGGACGUCCUUGUCUGGCUUAUCCCGUUCGGCGCCCUGACCGUUCUCGAAGGCUGGCUUCAUCCGCCACUGUUCCCUCGACCGAUGCUCCAGAACCGAGCGAAAACACACGCCGUGAAGAGCGAACUCCUCAAGAACAUACUCGGCAUGAAUAUGCAGGGAGGCAUCAUGGGAACGGUGUCCCAGGCUGGCAUUCGGGGGCUGUCGUCCGUCUCCGGCGCCGUCAUGGGCCUCAAGGGGUCUAGCGAUUAUCCGCCGGGCCUGGGGAAUCUGGAUAACUCUUGCUACCAAAACAGCAUUCUCCAGGGGCUCGCGUCGCUGAAGCCAUUCCCUAAGUACCUGGCCGACCCUGUUCAGGACCCUGAGAUCGACCGCCGCAAGGUCGAGGCCGUUGAUACGCUGCGCAGCUUGAUCGCGGACCUCAAUAGCACUCGGAACUACGGCAAAACGUUGUGGACCCCCGGCUCGCUGAAGAAUAUGAGCACGUGGCAACAGCAGGACGCGCAGGAAUACUUUUCGAAGUUGCUGGACGAGGUAGACCGAGAGAUUGCCAAGGCAGCGAAGGCGACGCAGAAGCUGGCGGGAUUUGAGUCGGAAUGCGUCAAUGACGACACUGCAGCGAGCCAGCACAGCGACGACAGUGGGUACCAGAGUCUGUCGACGGUUUCCAAGAUUGGUUCAGCAAAAGUGUUGCGGAACCCUCUCGAGGGACUUAUUGCGCAGCGGGUCGCCUGCGUGGAUUGUGGGCACUCAGAUGGUCUGUCGAUGAUUCCAUUCAAUUGCCUGACCCUAAGUUUGAACCCAGGCGGCAACGAUCACGACCUGUACGAGCUAUUGGAUAUUUACGCGCACAUCGAGCCAAUCGAAGGGGUAGAGUGUGGCAAAUGCACGCUGCUGAAGGCGAAGAGACUAUUGACGACGCUCGUUGAGAGGGCGGAGGCGUCAUACAUGGACAAGGAGAAGCUUAAAGAGCCGAAAUUGCGCCUUGCGGCUGUCAAUGAAGCACUGGACGAGGACGACUUUGAGGACAAGACGCUUACCGAGAAGUGCAAGUUCCCGUCUCAGUUCAAGGUCUCGUCGACCAAGACGAAGCAGGCUGUCAUUGCUCGCCCUCCACAGAGCCUCGCCGUUCAUAUGAACCGGUCUGUAUUUGACGAAAACACCGGCAUGAUGUACAAGAACUCGUCAGGUAUCCGCUUUCCCCUGACUCUGGACCUUGGCCCGUGGUGUCUCGGCAGUGCCAUCAGCAGUCGUGAAUCCGAAGAGGAGCAGUGGUUGCUGGAUCCCAGAUCGUCCAUGAUUGCCGGUGACAAGCGCAAAUCAUACAUCACCGGCCCUAUUUACGAACUACGGGCUGUUGUGGCCCAUUAUGGUAGGCACGAGAAUGGGCAUUACGUCUGCUACCGUAAAUUCCCUCGCAAUUCGCCACCAGAGGAAGCUCAUGAGGCAUCGGUUAAGUCCGAAGCCUCAGACGACAACUCAGAGACGGACUGGUGGCGUCUUAGCGACGAGACUGUGAGAAAGGUUGAUGAGGAGGAGGUCUUGGAUCAGGGUAACGUCUUUAUGCUGUUUUACGAUUGCGUCGACCCCGCCAUCAUAUCGUUGUCCGAAGUUGCAGCUGCAGACGCAGGCGUAGAAGCAAUUACGGGGAGCGCGGAUGCCGCUGCAGGCGCGGAAGAUGACGAGACGCCGAAAGUGGGGGAGUCUAUGUUCACUUGCACAGUGAAAGAGGUCUCCGAAGACGACGACGAGGAGUCCGCUCAUUGUGUGUCUGUGGUUAACGAGGGAAAAGCUAUCCCGCCACCAGGAGACAAGGACACGAGGACGAGCGAAAGAGGCCCCCAGAUGAUUACGGUCUGA